AUGUCCGCAACCAGGAACAAGGUCGCAGUGCUGUACCAAGCAAUCGAACCACCAAUCGUUAACGGUGUACGAAAGCCGAAGAAGCCAGGAGGAUACCAGGAUUCAGGAGCAGAUAUUGCAUACGUCCUCCAGCAAGCUGGGAUAGACACCGCCACUCCUGCUUUCGACCCGGACCCGCAAAGGGAUACGGACUGGUGCUUCGCAGACACCGAAGAAGGUAUAAUAGAUGCAGUGAAUCGAGGUACAACGCAUUUGUGGGCAAAUACCAUCCUCUUCUCAUCGCAUCCAUUACAAGUUUCAUCGAAGCUCUCCGAGCACGCAUCGCACAUCCGAGUUGUUGGCCAACCACCUCGACUUGUCGAUCAGUACGAUGACAAGAAUUUUGUGAACGAGCUCUUGCGUAGAGACGGCUCUUUCUAUUUACCCAAAUCCUGGCUUGUACGCUCGAUAGACGAUCUGGAUGCUCAAGACUUGCCUUUCCAAAUCGUGGCGAAACCAAUUCGUGGCAGGGGUAGUCAUGGCGUCAAGCUUUGUCGGAACAGCGACAGUCUCAGGGUGCACCUUGAAGGGCUGCUCAAGGAGUCGAGCCCAGCGAUGCUCGAGCAGUAUCUAUCAGGGCAAGAAGGUACCGUCACGGUCAUGCCACCAUCAGGGGAGCAUCCAGACUAUACCGCUUUACCAAUUGUUAUUAGAUUUAACCAUGACGAAGGCAUUGCACCAUACAACGGCACCGUCGCAGUUACCACAAACUCGCGCGGUCUGACCACUGAAGAGCGCGGCGCAUCGCCUGCCUAUGAAGCGGUCGAAAAAGCCUGUGAGCGUGUUGCGGCCAAGUUGAAGGUGACUGCUCCUAUCCGGAUCGACGUACGACAGCCUGAUGAGGACAAGGCAGCAGAUUUCGCGAUAUUUGAUGUGAAUAUGAAACCUAAUAUGACCGGUCCUGGUCGGCCUGGUAGGGAGGAUCAAGCAAGUCUGACUGCGUUGGCAGCGAAGGAGCUAGGCUGGGACUAUUCCAAGCUGUUGCAAGAAAUUCUGAAAAGUGCCCAAACCCUGAAGCAAUUACGGCAGCAGAAUAUUCAGUAG